GUGAUGCAAUCCGGUUGGUGAUUGUGCACUUUUGCAUUUCAAACGGAUCAAGUUGGUCGACGAGAGUCUACAGAGAUCUAGCUACGCCCUAGGGUUAUUGCAUCAUUGACAUUGGGAUGGCAAAACGAGAUCAUUUUGAUGUGCUGAUUGUUUGUCCUCGGGAGUCAGAGCUGCAGGCUGCACGUCACGUGUUUGAACACGAAACAAAGAACAAGUUUGAAGGAGCUCACACUGAUCUCCCUUACAACCUUCGUUUAUGUCGUGGAUGGAAUGAUUUGCCUUUGAAUGUUGCCAUGGUAGCUCAGGUGAGUUCGGGUCAUAUUGAGUCUACGAAGCUUGUUCCUGAACUGGCAAAACAUUUUACUGUUGGUUUGAUUGCAAUGACGGGCAUUUGUACUGGAGAAGAAGACAAGUACAGAGGAAUAGAAUAUGGGACAGUUGUGGUUGGCAACAGAACAACAACAGAAUGUGGAGGGUUAGAGAAGGAAGAUGGAACAGUUCAAUCUCGUGUUUGUUACAAGGAAUUGGACAAACGGCUUUCUCCAGCACUGAAUGAGCUUGUGGAAAUGAGAGAAAGUCACAAGUGGUCAUCAUAUGUUCCUGCUGUAGUAUAUCGUGCCAGUCCACGAUAUGUGAAGGAGCUGCUGUUAGAGUGUGUGUUAGAUAAUGAAGGUAUCAGUAAGAGAAAACUUCUUACAGCCGUGGAAUCCAAAAGUUUGGGUUUGACCAAACUUGACAUUGACGAGGUGCUAGACAAGAUGCAGAAGGAGCAUAAGCCAUUGGUAUAUGGCCCACAAGACAAGCAAUGGGAAUACAAGUCAACUAAUGCAGGACAGUUAUAUGCUAAUGUUCAAGUGGAAUUUCCAUGGCAAGACAAAACUUUUACUGUUGUAUUUGCAUCAAUAGGAUCAGUUUUCAUGGAAACUGAGAGACUUGACAUGACAAAAGUGAGACAACGAAUGGGAGAUCACAACAUCAAAGCUAUUGAUAAAGAAGCUCAUUCAUUUAUAGAACAAGCAACAGACAGUUUCAGUCCUGGUUUAGCUGUUGUGAUGAAGGGAAUAUCUGACUACGGAACUGAGAGCAGCAAACUGAUGUAUUAUGAAGCUUAUGCUGCUGCCACUCCAGCUGCAUUUCUGAGACAUUUCAUCACUGAAAAGAAGUCUGUGAUAAGUUCUGGGUCAUUGAAAGCUCAGCUGUUUGAUUUGUGUGACAUUGUGGGUGACAAGUGGCGUGAUUUGGCAGAUCGUCUCAACAUGAGCAGAUAUGAUGUUGAGAUGAUAGAACUGGAGGUUCAUACAAAGAAAGAACGAGCAUUUAUGAUGCUAUGCAAAUGGCAGUCGAUGGUAGGAGAGAAUGCAACUGUAGAGAAGGUAAAAGCUGAACUAAAAGAGAUUGAAGAGCAGAAGAAGGAGGAAGCCAUUGCAAGUAUAGUGUUUCCCAAUGAGCUAAUGGAUGAAAAGCAAUUUUGUGGUCGCAAGAAAGAGUUGACAAUUUUGUCCAACACAAUGUGGGGAGAAAAGGCUCCACACGUGUCUACGUCAUUGAAAUUCUGCUGUGUGGUGAUCAAAGGAAUGGGCGGAGUGGGGAAAUCAUCUUUAGCAGCGAAAUAUGCAUUUCAAUGUAAACAUCUGUAUAGUGAUGGAGUGCUGUGUUUCAAUGCAGAAUCAUGGGCAACACUGACAAACUCAGUCAUACACAAUCUCACAGUUUUGUCUUUAAGUUCUCCUUCUGUUUCACAUUCUCAAAGUCGAUUUGAUGAGUUAAAGAGCAAUCCAUUACAAGACAACAAUGCAGUGCUGCUCAACCACAUUUCCAAGCUUCCUAAGAUGUUGCUGGUGUAUGAUGGUGCAGAUGAUCUCUCUUUUCUGCCUAAAAUUCUUCCUCGUUCAACUGCUCGUGUCCAUGUAUUGAUCACAACUCGAUGUGAUGAUUGUUCUGUGUUACAGAAAUCAAUAAAUCAUGUCAUCUCUCUUGGUUGUUUGGAAGCGGAAGAUGCUGUGGCAGCCGUAGCCAUGUGGUCUGGUCGUCAACCGUCCAACAGUCAAGAAACAGCAGCAGCCACCAAAUUGUCAGUUGAACCUCCCAUAGAAAAGCUAGCAAUUGCUCUUGCUCAUGCAGGCACGUAUAUGCGAAAGGCACAUCUAAGUUAUGAGGAAUAUUACAAACUGUUGAAAAGAAAUGAAGUUGAACUUGAGGGUUUGGCAUUGGAUCUUGACAAACUGUUGCAUUACUUUAGAGCAAGUCGUCUACGUGAAGUGCUAAUGGAAGCUGAUGUAACUCAGCCUCCUGAUUUGAAACGGUUGAGUAACAGGAAUAUUGAUGAGUUGGAUAUAAGUAAACGUGACAAAAAUGUUGUAAAAAAUGUGAGAAAUUUUAUGAUGUCUUGUAGUCAUGCUCAUCUGACAUGGCAGAUGGACAUUGAGUUGGUUGCAAGAGAGAAUGCCAAAGCGUUGUCUCUACUUGAAUAUGCAUCAUUUCUGUCUUCAAGAGACAUUCCAGAGAAGCUCGUUCGUCCUCUUGUGUUUGGUGAAUGUGCCAAUUAUGAAUACAGUUUGUGUGUCUCGACUUUGUCUUCACACAAUUUAGUUGAAUGGCACGAGACAGCAGAAGGUUACACUUUGAAUAUUCAUCCAUUGGUGCAGUCAACAGUGAUGGAACGUGUCAAGCAGCAACCAGAUGAGAUGGAACGUAAAAUAACUGAUGUUUGUAAGAAUAUGCUGUCUCAUAUACCGGACUUAAAUUGUCUUCCAAGUGAUGUACGACUUCAACAUGCUUCUCACUCGUAUUCAUUGGCUAAGCAUGUAUUGCUAGCUGAUGUAGAAAUACCAGCUUGCUUGCAUUUGGUUAGGUGGACGUGUGGGACUUCUUUUCAGUUGCAGCCUCCUGACAUAUUGUACUAUUUGUGUGAAAAAUGGUACGACAAAGUGAUGCAGUUGCAAAGUUUUCCACAUGAGGUCCAACGCAAAUGGCUCAUAGAAGCAAGUAAUCAUUUGAGUAAGGCAUAUUUUCUAAAGUGGAAAUUUAAGGAAGAAUUAGAUUUGAGUCUGAAAACCAAGAAGAUGAUUGAUGAGUUAAAACCAGAUGAGAAGAAAGAAAUAUAUGAACUUCAUAAAGAAGUGUUGGGGAAUAUUUGUGAUGCCUAUCACACACUAAACAAAUUUGUAGAAGAAAAGUUUUAUCUGAAAGAGCUGAUGUUGCUGAUGAAAACUUCUGGAGAACAGUUUGGACGUGACUCUGCUUUAAUUGAAUGUGAAAUGGCAGAGAACUACUUUAAUAGUGGUAAACGAGACAAAGCAAUGAAAUUAUGCCAACAAGUGAUGGAAAAGUUAAAUGAUAUGGAGGAACAUGAUCAGUUCAAAGUGAUGUCAAGAUUAUCAAAAUGUUUUUUAUAUUCUGGAGAAUUUGAAAAAGCAGAUGAUUUAUUGGAUAGGUCAUGGAAAUUGCUUUCCAGAGUUGAUUAUGACAAUUUUCUUCGUGACCGUCUUGAUGGUGAGAUAUUUUGUAUAUUUGUAAUUCUCAUAAAUCAAUUUUUCACUGUUUGCUUGUAAAAUGGGAAGCAUCUAGUGCUUGUCAGUGACAGCAAUAUUAGUUAAAGAGUGUCAGUGUCAACUGUAUUGAGAUGUGCAGAAUCUUUCAUUAUGGUUUUGUUGUAUAUCACGUGACAUGUUGUAUUUGUGUGAAAUUAAAACUUAAAAAGCAUGCGUUUAUGAUAGAGAAAGUGUUAAUGGAGACUCAAAGCCAUGAUAGUUGACUUGAAUGACACUCUGUAUAUAUGAUUGCAAGGAUAUGUUAUAUUGUAUGUAGAAUGAAAGUGCAGAUAGACAGUAAAAUUAUGAUUUUGUUUUUGUUCAUGUCUUUAUGUAGUCGUGAUGCUCAAGUGUGAGUGUGAGAUUACAAGACCUAAUGGAUCAAAAGACAAGCUUACUGAAGCAUUGGAACUAGCAAAAUCAGCUUUGUCUAUUGCUCAGUCUUUCCUACCAUCAGAAGGAUUUAAGAUUUUCUAUUGUAUGUGAAUUGAUUGUUAAUAUGUUUUGUGUACUACUGAAGAUGUUUUCCGGUUUGUUUAUAAUUCUGGUUAUUGUAGGUAAAUGGCAAAUUGCUAGAUGUAACAGGAAAUUAGGAAACAUAGAAAUGUUCAUUGAACAACUGAAAGAGAUGAAGAAAGUUGAGGAGGCAAACAUGUUUGAUUCACAUUCCAGACUAUGUGCUGUAAACAAAGAAUUAGGAGACAUACAUGUGGUGAGAGAUGAUUUAUCUGAAGCUCUGACGUGUUACAAAGAAGCAUUAGAGCUGUACGAGCAGGAGGACUCUUCUUAUCAUGUGGACAUUGCUGAUA